GAUAACCAAUUGGCUGAUAGAGUAACAAAUGAAAAGUAACUUGACUCCAUUGACCUGCUUAACUCCAUAUGGGAACGAUGGAAAGGAGCAACUGUUUGCUUUGAAACAGUGGAAUAGAUGAAGAGUGAAUACAUUUUUCCCCUCAAAUUACAACUUCCUUUUGAAUGCUGAAUAUAGAGAAAAAUAGAUAAAGCAAAGCAGGAGAAAAUGGCAUGUAACGUCCCUAACCAAAGACAGCGGACUAUGUCAACCUCUGGAGAAGCUCUGUAUGAAAUUCUUGGUCUGCAUAAGGGAGCAUCAAAUGAAGAAAUUAAGAAAACCUACAGAAAGUUGGCCCUGAAACACCAUCCAGACAAGAACCCAGAUGAUCCAGCUGCUGCUGACAAGUUUAAGGAAAUCAACAAUGCCCACACCAUACUGACUGACAUGUCCAAGAGAAUCAUCUAUGACAAGUACGGCUCGCUGGGACUCUAUGUGGCCGAGCAAUUUGGAGAUGAGAAUGUUAAUACCUACUUUAUGCUGUCAAGUUGGUGGGCAAAGACCCUGUUUGUCAUUAUUGGCCUCUUGACCGGCUGCUAUUUUUGCUGCUGUCUAUGCUGUUGUUGCAACUGCUGCUGUGGACGCUGCCGGCCCAAAUCAUCGGAGCCAGAAGAGGACUUCUAUGUGUCCCCAGAGGAUCUUGAGGAGCAGAUCAAGACUGACAUGGAAAAAGAUUUGGACUUUCCAGUUGUUCUUCAGCCUACAAAUGCAAAUGAGAAAACACAGCUAAUCAGAGAAGGAUCUCGAAGUUAUUGCACAGACUCUUAAUAUUGAGCCCACUGAGGGUCUGCAGUACCUCCUCUUGGUUCAACCAUGCCUCCAGGUGGUCAUGGGGAGAGGA